AUGGAUGGUACUUGGUUGUCCAUAUAAAUUUUCAAUUAUGUGCUCAUCAAUAAAUUUUUAGGCAAAGGAGCUUUAGCAAUCGUAUACAGAGGUUAUCUUCAAGAAGACAAAACUUUCCAAAUGGCUAUCAAAACAAUAAAAAUAGCUGUAAAUUUGGAACUAUUAAAUUUUAUUAUAGACAAUCCUUCAAAAUCAAAGAAUGGUUGCUUAAAUUAGAAGAGAAAUAAUUAUCCUUUAAAAACUCGAUCAUCCAAAUAUAGUGAAGAUAUUUGAUGUAGCUCGUACAAAUAACUAUUUGUAUAUUGUUCUUGAAUAUUGUGUUAAUAUAGAUCUCAAUUAUUAUAUGGCUAUAAGAAAGAGUAUAGAUUUAGCGAAGUAAACUUUUUAAAUUAAUUUCACAAGCUUGAAGCUGUUUUUUUGAUCAAAAAUAUUGUAGAAGGCUUCAAGAUAUUGUAUAAGUUAAAAAUCAUUCACAGAAACAUUAAGCCUGCUAACAUUCUUUUACAUAAAGGUGUGGCUAAAAUUGCUGGCUUUA